ACUGAGAAAGGGGGAGUCCCUCGACCCUUGGGAGAGAGGAAGAGGAGGGCGACGAGAUGGACGACUACUCGAGGGAAAUGAUGGAACUCAAGACGCUCGUCACCCGUACCCUUGAGAAGAAAGGCGUCCUCGCCAGGAUUAGGGCCGAGCUCAGAGCUAGUGUAUUUGAAGCCAUAGAAGAAGAAGAUCAAACUCUUGAAAAAGAAGACAAUGUUCCUCCUGCACUAUUAGGAAGCUGCAAUGAUCGGGCAAAGCAACUUCAUACCUCUCCUUCAGGAAGGUUAUUAACGGCUUUAGUUUCCGAAUACUUGGAAUGGGCCCAGUUAGGUCACACCCUCAAAGUUUAUCUACCUGAGUGUAAUUUGCCAAAAGACUUCUGGCAACAUGAAUUGAAGGAAUUUAAUACCAGAACAAACAAAAACGGUGAAAGUGGUCCAUUGCUGUUAGAUGUUCUUGAAGGAUAUCUAAAAUAUGAGAAUUUGACUCAGAAUAGAUUGGCUGGUGGGAGGUUACUAGAUCCAGAUAAUGAUUCAUCAUCUAAUUUUGAAGUCAGGAAUGUGCGUAGGUCUUCAUCAUCUGCUGUAUCCGGAGGAUUGCCUGCAUUGAGCAGACCUUUACCCCGCAACUCAUCUUCAGAUCGAAGGCCCAGUUCCUCGAUUCCCAUGUCCAGGAAGGCUGAUUAUGCAUGGAAAUAUGAUGUUGAUGAAGUAUCAGAAGAUGUAAUUCGUGCAGCAAAUGCUUUAGAAAACAUCCAACUUGAUAGAAAAGCUCGAAAUUUGACAACUUGGAGGCAUUCAAGUGACGAUAUGAUCGAUGGCGAUGGAAAUGUUGAUCGUCGCUGACUUAAUUGUCAAUGGUGCUAACGUACUUGCUGCUCGUUUUGUUGUCCUGUAGGAAUAGGAUAAGAACAAGAACCUGUGCAGUUUGUAAGUGUUGUUUAUCCUUUUCUAUUUAGAUUUGUUUUUUCUUCUUUUAGAUUCAUGUAAUUUAAUUCUGUUUUUAUGCAACCUAAUGCUGGUCUUGUAGUUUGUAUCUAGUUCUGUUAUUGUGA